AUGUCCAGUUCUAUUGAAGAGUUGAAAUAUUUAGCCAAUAAAUACCAAGUGGAUUUUGAUUCGAUCGAUUUCGCCAUAAAAUUAGACGAGCAUGAUUCACUACACUCAUACCAAUCAGAAUUUUAUUUACCAGACUAUAAUCAAGUAAUGAAAACAGUUCAAUCAAAUUCUACUGAACAUAAUCAACAUUUAAUUGAUAAAAACGAUGAAAAUCAUUCAAAGAAAAUUAUAUACUUUUGUGGAAAUUCCAUGGGAUUACAACCAAGACGUUUAAAUGCCUAUUUAAAUGACAUAUUAAAUCAAUGGAGAGAUUUAGGUGUAUUAGCCUAUCAUUAUGGUGAAUUACCAGCAUCACAUUGUGAUAAACAAUUAUCCAUUGAUUGUGCUCAAUGGAUUGUUAACUCUAAACCAAGUGAAAAAUCUAAAAUUUCAUUGGAAUUAAAUCGGUUUCCAAAUGCUGAAGACAGUGAAAGUGAGUCAAUAAUAGUUGCAAACGUUGUACCUCAAGUCUUUAUGCAUGAAAUGAAUCUAACCACAAAUGAAAAACAAUUGAAUCUAGAAUCUGUUACUUUAGAACAAUUAUUAUAUGGAAUUAGAUUUAAAGGUGGUAGUAUUGGAAAUAUUAACGAUACUUGUACUGAACAAUAUGAUAAUAGUGAUAAUGAUCAAAUAAUCUCAUUUGAUUACCUUACUAAUAAUAUUGUCUAUGAAAGAUUAAAACAUUUAUUUAAAGAUUAUACUCAAACAAAUAUUAUGAAAUGUAUAUUAUACUCUGAAUAUAUUAAUAGUAACAAUAAUAAUACCAUUAGUCCUUCUAUGAUUUCAUCUUCCAACAUUACAACUCCGUCUAUGGAUCAAUCAGUUAUUUAUAAAGAUAAUGAUCUAUACGAAUUACUACAGCACGUCUAUUUACCAGAGAUUGAUUUGUUUAAAAGUCCAAAAUUAACUAUAAAAUUAGAACGUAAACAAAUCUAUUCACUUAUUCAAUUGAAUCAUAUACGUCGUGAAUUAUUCAUGUUUAAUAAUAAUGAUGAUGAUGAAAAUGAAAAAUCUCAAUGGAAACAAUUAAGAAUGAUCUAUUCAUCAUUUAUUUUAUUUUAAACUUAUCUAACUGAUUAAUUGUAUAUGUAUAUACACAUAGAGAUGUUUGUUUUACAUCUUCUCAUGUAUCUACUUAGUGAAUUAUUACUUGAAAAAUAAAAAGAAAGAAGAUACUUCUCUUUAUCUAUUUGUUUAAGUUACCUUUUUGUAAGUAAACAAAUAAUCAGAUGGGUUUUUUUGUGGAGAUUGUAGUAGUCUCAAUGGUUAAGAUCAUGAGUCAGUUGAAGGUAGACCACCAUGGAAAACCCGAAUGCACUGGAUGGCCGUUUCGUCCAGUGCUUCCAGUUUUUCUAUGAUGGUCUAACUUCAACUGACUCAUGAUCUUAACCAUUGAAAUAAUCAAUAAGAUCUGUUUAUUUGAUCUUUUUUCUCUCAAUUUGUUUAUACUCUUGAACUGUGACUAUUUUCCGAUGUGCUCUAUGUUACUGAAUUGAGUUUAUACAUCUUUAGAUGAUAUAUAAUUUUCUAUCUACUUAUGACUUAUUUCUAGUUAUUCAUAUUCGUUUUGAAUUUAUUUGUGCUGUUUUCUUUUUAAUACAUUGUCAGUUUCUUAUAUAUUUUUUUAUACUGCUACUAUAAUUGUUAUAUCAUAUAUAUGCAUGAUUGAGAUCAGUUUGCCUGAUAUUUUUGUCUUUCUUUUCAUGAUUAUUAUCUCAUUUUCUUAUGAUCAAUAUGCAUAGAAAACAACAAUCAGAUAAUAACAAUUUUAUGGACAACGAAAAUUAAGUUGUUGGUUUUUUCUACAAAAAUACAUUGUUUCGUAUUAUAUUUGAUUGACACCGUUUGUCCCCCAAAGCUACGUUGUCGUCAAAAUUAAUUCUAAGUAAUAUUUGAAUGUCGUACAUAGUUGUUUGAUUGCGAUUCAUGGACAGACUUUGGUUUGACAGCUAUUGAAAACCAACUAGCUGUUUCGUCCUAUUAUAUGUUUAAGCAUAAUUAUAGAAUAAAGUAGGGCAAGAUAAUGAUCUAAAUGGAAACGAUUUCGCUCUCGCUUGUACGUUUGUUUGAAUUGUUCAUACAUCAAUGGAAUGAAUUUUCAGUGUUAAAUAUCGAUUUUUCUAUCCUGAGAUUUCCCCACCAGCAAGAUCAAUUAAAAUAGUCAAGUUCCGACAAUGUAUAAUCCUUAUUUUAACUAUCUGAAUAUAUAAUAUUGCUG